AUGACCGGACAAGCAGCAAAAUACUCGUCCUCAUUGUGGGGGGGGACUUCGGGCAUCGGUUACGCCGUUGCAGAGGCGGCAUUGGAGCACAACGCCAUCGUGAUUGUGGCUGGAUCCAACUCAGUUAAGCUGGAGAAUGCCGUCACCAGACUCAAAUCAUCAUAUCCGUCGCAAAGCUCUGGAUCGCGACUGAGUGGGAUUACUAUUGAUCUUGCCGACAUCGAGAACCUGGAGACGAAUGUGCAAUCCGUCUUGCAAUUUGCGGCCAAUGGGGCGAAAAUAAACCACGUCGUUAUCACGGCCGCAGAUAUGAUGCCACCGCCGCCGUCGCUGGCCGAAAUCACUGUUCACAGUCUCGAGCGAACAAGCCGCAUUCGUUAUACCGCACCUCUAAUCUUCGCCAAACAUCUGCCUAAGUUCAUGGACCAAGUUUCUGAAAAUUCCGUUACCCUCACGAGUGGCGCCCACGGUCACAAGCCUGACCCUGGCUGGUCCGCCAUGAUCGGAUACCUUGGAGCGGUGGAAACGAUGAUGAAGGGGUUGGCCGUCGAUCUGAAGCCUCUCCGUGUGAAUGUCGUGUCUCCCGGAGCGGUGAUUACAGAGGUAGUGCGGGAAAUGCUAGACGAGCACUACGAUAUGGCUAUUGAAAUGGCGAAAGAAAAGUCUUUAGUAGGCAGUGCCGGGACGCCAGAGAGUGUAGCACAGGCCUAUCUGUAUCUUAUGAAGGACCAGUUUGUCACCGGGACGGUGUUGGAGACCAACGGCGGGCUGCUGUUGGUCUAA